AAAAGGAUAAAAUGAUGAAAAAAGUAUUCCUAAUACUGUGCAUCUUGGCAUUUUUCCACAACGCAACUUCAACCCUAAAUGUUAACACUAAAGAACUCGAAGCAUCCCUCAAAUCUUUCGACGCAAGAGCGGUAGCCAAAGACAUCUCAAACACCAUCCUGAAACUACCAGCCCGAGUAAUCACCAAUUUGGAAACACUUAUAAAAAGAAAACGCAACCCCGAAGCUUCAGAAAUUAUAAAUGCUGUCAAUUCUGCACUUGAUUUGAAGCUGUUCACCAUCAAGGAUAAUUAUGUCGAAUUAGAUGAAAUUGAAAUUGAGAAAUAUUUCCGUUUGGGAAAAGCGAUUAGACAAUUUUAUGUGGCCCCUCGAGUAAAGAAAGUAUCCACAAAAGAUAUUACCGCUGUCAUAGCAAAUAACAAUGAAAUACAACACAGAUUGUCACUUGCUCCUAUAUUGCUGGACAUUUGUGAAUCUAUAUUGAUACCACUAGUUGGUAGUAUAUGCUCCAGCUUGUCACUAAUAGUAUGGAUACUAGUAGGAUUCGAAAUGUUUUUUACAGCACUCGGUGACCUUGUUCCCGAGUCUCAAGGGAUGGACGUAACAAUGGCAGUGAUAAGGGAUUAUAUUGAAGCCACUCACAAGGAGUUAUCGAUAGUUCAAGGUGACGAUAUUUGUGGUGCUUUUGAAGGAGAGUCUAUAGGCGGUGUGCAGGAAGUUUUGGUACACUUCUGGGUUGUAUUUUCUAGCAGUGUUGACAGCAUUUUAGCGCCGAUAUCACAGCUUAUCGGUACUAUUAUAGCUGGUUUAAUGGAUUUUUCUCCGUAGGAGGAAUUAAUUAUCUUGUUCUAAUUUGAUACGUUUUCA